UUAGGGAGGGUCAAAUUCUGGAAUUUAGACCAUUAGGCCGCUUCGGGCAGCUAUGUCGGGGUCCAGAACGUUGCUGGGAAACCCGAUAAUUUCAAAUGAAAAGCUAGAAUAUUUUCCACAGCGUUGGGUAUUUUGCAACACUGUACCGUUAAACAAUAUCACUGGCAAAUGGAAAGUGUGUUUUUGGCAUUUUUAGUUUCGCUUUGAUAUACUUCACGUGUGUCUAAUUAGCCUAAUCCUUCACAGUAAGAACAAUAGCUGCAUCCCACCUCAUCAUGAGCCAUCCACUUGGCAGAGUCCUAAAAGACAAGCAGAAUGUCCUGGAUGUUUUUUGCAAGCAUUUCAAUUCUACAGAUAAAACAUCGAACAGAUCCGCACCCCACCGCUGUUCCGCAAGCCAUACAAAGAAAACAGAAACGCAGAACAGCCAGACCAACAAGAUCAAACGACUAAAAACACGCAAAGAGAGGAGUCAGGUAAAAGGAGUAGGAUCUAAUUGUAAAUCCCAUCACCAGAACCAAGAUGGCAAAGAGAAGGAGCACUGUCAAGGCUGCUGCCAAAGCAGCUGUCAGCCUUCUCUACGAAGAGGUUUCCCAUUUGCCCAGAUCUUCACUGCUGGACACGAUCCCAGCAUCAUCACGGACAACCGUCUUAUUGGGCACCACGGACUGUUUAACCACGAGGUGAAGUCAAUUGACAUUGACCGACUUUUGACUGAGCAAGGGAAGUUGGAGAAGCUUGGGCACUCUGGUGUGCCGUGGAAGAUGCCUGAUUCUCAUUCCCCCUGUCCACCUGCUCCUGUUCCUCUCUCCACUUCAAGGCCAGAUGUGGAUCUGGGUGAAGUUGCCGUUCCUGAUAAUAUUGAGGAGGCUUCAAAUAAAGGCACAGCUAAAACAUCAAAGAAGAGCACCAAGUCCCACAAGUGUGAUGAGUUUAGGUCUAUUUCAGAAAGCAGAUCUUUGAAGUGUUCUCACAGGGAUAGAGAGGAUGUUGGAAGAAAAAAAACAUUCAUAGCUAGUUAUUUUAACAGCCAGGAAUCAGGUCCGAGGCAAGGUCAGAGACAGGCACAACAGAAUGUAAUGACAUCAUCAGAGAGCGAUGUACUUUCCAUUUUUUCCACAGAGAGUCCAUGCGUGGUGCGAACUAAAAGCAGGGUUUCCAGGCAUGGAGUCCUUAAUACAGAUAGGGAGUCUCUGUUAUCACCCAGUGGAAAGAUUAGAAAUGAGAGACCACCUGUCACAGGGGUCAAGGUUCAGAAUACGGUCCUCACCUUGAAUCAGACUCCCCAAAACCACAGACCUCCUCUUCCGUCUACGCAGCCAUGGAGGCUCAGUCCAAACAUUGUAAACGUUUCCUCUCCAGCCAGAGAUGGAGGAAAUGUAAGCACUGAUAACAAGACUCAGCUAACAGACCCCAGUCGUGUCAGUGCGCUAGCCAAGCACCUGUGCCAAUCACUGCAGUUACCACUGCUGCUCCGCAGGAGAUGCCUGGUGGAAGAAAACAGGGACGUGCUGCUCCAUAUUUUACAGGAGAGGCAUGGCCCCCAGCUGCAGGAGAACCUCCUGAAUGUGCAGCGACGCCUCAGUUUCGGUACAGGACCCAACACCACCAGGACAGACCAGUGGAGGAGCAUAACCCCAGAUGGAUUGUUUGCAGAUGGAGUCUGCCCUGCAGCUCCACUGGAUGAUAAUUUUGGAGAGAGUAUGGUGAAGCAGUUAUUUGAGAUGUCAUCCCCCCAUAAGAGAAGGAGAAAGCAGCUAUGCCCCAACAGACUGAUUCCUCCUCCGUUCAUCAGCAGGCCCGAGUUAAGCCUGGAUGCAGCUCCUACAUGGAACUCCAUCCCCAGUGUGGUUCAGGUUGGGGAAAUUAUCAGAGACGUAUUCAGGGCCCCUUCCUCCUCACACUUCCUCAUGAACUUUGAGCCCUCUAGUUCCUCAUCUCCAAACCACAUCUUUGCCCCUGCUUCUGCAUCAUGCUGGGCAGUUCAAUCCAGUCCACCUCAGGCUUCAGACAAACAACAAUUCAACAGUGGAUUUAUGAGGGAGUCAGACAGGGUGGAUCACUUUGAGAACUGGAGGUACGACUCAGAUUUUAGUUUUCUAAAAAAGACAGAAACAGGGAUAAAAAGAAGAAGUUGGCCGUUGUGUCAUGACACAAAUAGCCAGCCUUUCCUGCAAUAUCUUACAGGGUCACCAGAGAAAAAUAGAUACAGAAACUUGCCAAAGCAGCAAGAUUCAUAUGAUAUUGAAAUGAGCUAUUUUGGUGCUUCUUCCUCAUACUUGCCUGCAUCCACCCACUAUCCACUAGACAGCCAUCAGCUCCAGCCUUUCAGUCACUUCACCCUUUCCCGAAACAGCCCCAAGUCCCACCUUCUUAAUAUUGCCUGCUAUCCCCCCUCCCAUAUGACGGAGAGUGGCCUGUCUCCUCUGGCUUCUGGGCCGCUGCCUGCUUUCCCCAGCCCUGAAUGCUGGUCUUUUCCCCGGAUGAGACUGUACUAAACUACGUCCCCUGUGCUUGACUAGAAAUUGCAUUAAUGCACUGCGUUUUUCCCCAAAUGCAUAAUAUCAAAUCCUUAAAUUUAAAUUUGA